AUGCAACGAUGUGCAUUCGGAUCCUCAAAAGCGGAGAUUGAGAAUAUAUGUCUAAAGGAUAAAAUCAUAGAUGUGUGGGCACCUCUAGACCUCAAGAAAAGACUUCUGGGAAAGGAGUAUUCACUAGAGGAAGUGAUCGAAGCAUGUCAGGUUGAGGAGCAGAUCAACAAGGAAUCAAAAGAAAUGACAUCAAGACCAAUUGCGAAACCCAUCUGUAAAAUUACACAUCGUGGUUUUAAACAGAGUGCGGAGUGCCCCAGAUGUGGAAAAUUCGGACACACACACAACGACCCAUCAUGUCCGGCAAGAAAUGUGACUUGCAAUAAAUGCUUGAAGCCUGGACACUUUGCCAGGAAGUGCCGAACUAACUUGAACGGCCGAUUCCUUAAGUCCCAAAGGAAUAACCUGAAAAGGCCUCGCACGUAUAUUCGCUCUGUCGAAGAGGAGGCCACCAGCUCCAAACUCAAAAAGGGCGAGGCACAUUGCUUUAAAGUGUCAAGCGAAGAUGAAGAGGAGUUCAUACGAUGCCGAGUGGGAGGCCGUGAAAUUUCUUUGAUUAUUGACUCGGGGUGCAAGUUUAACCCUAUCAGCCACGCGGACUGGUCUCUGCUAGUGAAGAGAAAAGCCACAGUCUUUAACGCCCCAAUUUCCGUUGAGCCGGGUACCAAAGAGAUUCCCUCAUUUUACGUGAUUGAAAAUGGAGAACAAUCUCUGCUGGGCCGAGACACGGCUAUAGAAUUAAAAGUCCUCCGACUGGGAAGAAACAUUAACCGUAUUGAGGAAAUGGAGCCUUUUCGAAAAUGGAAAAACAUUGAAGUAAGCCUUUCCAUAGAUUAUGAUGUGAAACCCGUUCAACAACCAGUGAGACGAAUCCCGGCAGCGCUCGAGGACAAAGUCAUGGAAAAACUGGAUGAAGCCCUGAGUCGAGAUAUAAUUGACCCAGUCACGGGCCCGAGUGCUUGGAUAUCUCCCAUCGUGCUUGCGUUUAAGGAGAACGGGGACAUCCGCUUAUGUGUCGACAUGCGACUGGCAAACAAAGCAAUCCUACGGGAAUACUACCCAUUACCAACUUUCGACUGCUUUAUGACCAGACUCAAAGAGGCUAAAUUCUUCGCACGCCUAGACCUCAAGGACGCCUAUCACCAACUGGUCCUUGAUGAAUCGAGCCGGGAAAUAACAACGUUCAUAACUCCAAGGGGACUUUUCCGCUAUAAGCGUUUGAUGUUUGGAGUAAAUUCUGCUCCCGAAUUUUUCAACGCCUUCUCGAGCAGAUGCUAUCUGCGGUACCUAACGCCAUGA